AUGGGCGACAUCUCUGCCACGAUGAUCAAGAGCGAGCCUGACGAGCCCAACAACCCCCAUCAGUUCAUGAUGUCACCCUCUGCCUACGGGAUCCCGACGCCGUCCUACGGCAACCAGUUCGGUGGUUCAGGCGCAGGCACAGGUUCAGGAGCCGGCGCUGGCGGAAGCGAGGGAAUCGAUCCCUCUGAGCUCACCAUGCAGCAGAACGGCUUCGUCUCCCACCACCAUCCGUUCGGCUCCCAAAAUCUGUCCUCUAGUUUCACACUCGGCAACGCUGGAAUCGACACCGACGAGUUACUCGACCUCGAAAUCAACGGCCAGAACCUCUCCAGAGACGAUGGCCUCGACCAGCGUCAGCCUACCGCCAUAUCGAUGAGCCACCAGGGCCAGAUGUCCCAUAUCUACUCCAACACACCCGACGGCGCUCCCAUCCAGUCGCCUUUCCUACGCUCCUCCUUCAACUACGACCAGUUCCGCCAGGUCCAGCAUACACCUCAGGCGACCUCGCCCCACAUGAACGCCAUGAACGUCCACUUUGACCAGAACUACUCUGUCGCAGGUAAGGCUGCCCGCAACUCCUUCCAGGGUGACGCGAGAAGCCCCGUCACUCCCAAGACUCCCGGCAUCGGCAUCGGUGGGCUUAAUAUCAAUACUCCAGACUCAGGAAGCUACUCGUCGCAACCCAUCCGUGCCGUCAGUCUACAGUCUCAGCACCAGAAGAGCAUGUCCGGUCAGUGGAACGGGACUCCCGGCAGCGCUCAGUCGCUCAUGGAGUCUCCGAUCUCCUCGCCUGGUGGACACCAUGCCUCACACCAUGCCAACAUCCAUGAGAUGCUCAAGUCCGCGAAACACGCCUCCUUGCCGGCCAAAGUCGACUCCCUCCACGGCCACCACCACUCGUCUUCCUCCCAGUCACUCGAGUCCCAGGAAGCCAAACGCCGUCGGCGCCGUGCAUCACAUAACAUGGUCGAGCGACGACGACGAGACAACAUCAACGAACGCAUCCAGGAUCUUUCCCAUCUCGUACCUCAGCACCGUCUCGAAGACGAGAAAAUCCGCAAGCAAUUAGUCAACAACUCUGCCCUCUCCACUUCGUCCGGCGCCAACGCUUCCUCCCCUCCAAAUCACAACCCUGCCACAUCCCUGCUCGCCGGUCCGUCUGCCCGGCGCGCCACCGCAGGCAACAUCACUAUGGGUCUACCCAUCGAGGAGAAGGAGAAGGGUCCAAACAAGGGCGACAUCCUCAACGGGGCCGUCGGCUGGACUCGUGACCUCAUGUGGGCGCUACAUCGCAAGCUCGAACAGGAAGACCAACUGGCAGAGUACAUCGCUUCCAUAGGUGGUCAGUGGCCCUUUGAACAAACCGAAGAAGACCGCCGAAUGAGAACAGAAGUCUUCGAUGCCAUGGAGGCCAACGACGGCGUUAACUUCUCUUAUUCGCGCGGUGUCGGAAGCGGUCUCCGUGUUCCGAAACAUACUACCAUCUCAGGCGAAUCGCUCCCUCAGUCAAACAGCCCCUCGCAGGACCAAUCUCAACCUCAAACCCAACCGCAACCCCAAACAACCGGCAACAGUCCUGGUUUCAACAGCUCCCAGUUCUGGAAUAGCUCAGGACACAUCGGCCUAAGCGUCAAGGAAGAAGACGAAUAUGCAAUGGAAAUCUGA